ACCGAGGUCCUCUCUGGACUUUGUAAAACUGCAAGAGAUACAGCUUGCUGAAGGACUUGGAGAGGCUGACUCUCUUAUAAAUGCAGUGUUAAUUUCUCGCACUUGGUGCUUCAUGGAUCCUUUGUAGGAUGGAAUUUUGUUCAUAAUAUAAACUGCCAGAUCUAUUGUACAAUGGAUACACAGAAUGGAGAACAGUAUUGAUUACUAUAAACAUUUCAGCUGGCUUAGAAAGGUAAACCUCCAUUCAGCUGGCAACCCUGAGACCUACCAGGAGCAGUUAUCACGACUGGAGCGGGACAAAGAGUCACUAAUUGUGCAGGUGGGUGUGCUGACAGACCAGGUGGAAGCACAGGGAGCAAAGAUCAGAAACCUGCAGAGUUCUUUAGUUGAGCACCAGCACAAACUGAACUACACAGAGGAGAUGCUGCAGCAGGAGCUCCUGCAUAGGACGUCCCUAGAGAGCCAGAAGCUGAGUCUUAGGGGGGAAGUGUCCUACCUGAAACUUAAACUCGCAGACAUGGACAGUAAACACAGCCACGAGACUGAAAGGCAACACAAAGCUGAGGCCCUCAAAAAGGAGCUGAGGGUCCUGAGAGAUAAGGUGGACCACUUGGAAGAUCAGAAGUUACUGUAUGAGAGGAAACUCAAAGCAACAAAGGCCGAGAUCACCAGCCUGCAGCAGCUCCUACUCAGUAAGAAUGCUGAGAUUGAGAGCUUACACCUCCAGCUGCUGGCCAGACCUGCUCUUUGUGCCGAGAGCUUGGAGAGAGAGGAGAUGUACAGGAGGAGGUUAAGCACAAAAUACCAGGAACUGCACAGACUUAGGAGUGGAAUGAAAUUGCUGCUAGCUGCCAAUGACGAAAAGGACCGACGUAUUGAAGAGCUUACUAUGCUACUGAAUCAGUGCAAGCAGUUCAGAGAGGUCACACCACACAGGCAAGCACCAUCUGCUGUUCAUUCAUUGUCAAAUGGUAGGACUCCAUCAAGCAGCAGUGAGGAAGAAGAACAGAGACUGAUGAAGAAUGCUGACUCCAGCAGUGCAAAAUCUGUGGAUGUCAAGUCUGAUGUUUCCACAAGCAGCUCCUCCUCCCAACAAAAAAGGGACCCUGAUUUCAGGCAAGAACAACGCACUUCAUUCAGCAGCAUGCACAACUUGACAAAUGGUUCUUCGCAAAAGAGCCGUUUGAGUGACAGCAGGAGUCAGACACUCCCUGUGACGUCUUCGCCGUCAGACCAGAACGGCACUGGAGACAGCAGCAGUGAAAUCCAGAGUCAAAGGUCUCCAGAUGGGAGUGAGGACGGAGACUCCCAACAAAGUAAACUUGAGAAAGUUAAUGACUGCUCGACAAGUGAUAAUUCACCUGCACAUUCUGAGACAAGUACUCAGCAUGGCCAGCGAGUUGUGGGUUCACCAGAAUACAUGAAGAAUAACAGGAGCUUCAAGAGACUUUGGGGAAAACUUCGAAGAACCCAGUCUGGAGGAAUCCAGGCAGUAGAUCCAGAUACAAAUCAGUUCAAAAGAGGAGGACUGCGAGCUACAGCAGGACCCAGAUUGAUCCAGACCCCCGACUCUCAUGACUCUGCACGUGACAUGAACACUCCCUUCAGCCAGUGGACCAAGAAUCAGGUGUGCGGCUGGCUGGAGGACUAUGGCCUGGGACAGUAUGUCAACCUCACCAGACAGUGGGUUGAAAACGGACAAAUGCUGCUAUCUGCCACACCUCAAGACUUUGAGAAGGAGAUGGGCAUGAAGAACCCACUGCACAGGAAGAAGCUGCAGCUUGCUAUGAAGUCAUUCAGCACCAGAGUUAUUGAGAAGUCUUCAGAAUUGGACCAUAUCUGGGUCACGUGUUGGUUGGAUGACAUCGGGUUGCCUCAGUAUAAGGACCAGUUCCAUGAGGCUCGAGUGGAUGGUCGGAUGAUUCAGUACCUCACAGUGAAUGACCUCUUGACUCUAAAAGUGACCAGUCAGCUCCAUCAUCUCAGUAUUAAGUGUGCCAUCCACGUCCUCCAUGCUAACAAGUUCAACCCCAACUGUCUUCGACGCAGGCCAGGUGAAGAGAAGCAGCCAUCUCCAUCAGAGGUGGUGCAGUGGUCGAACCACUGUGUAAUGGAGUGGCUGCGGGCAGUGGACCUGGCUGAAUAUGCUCCAAACCUACGGGGCAGCGGUGUUCAUGGUGGGCUGAUUAUCCUGGAACCUCGAUUCAGUUCAGAGACUUUGGCCCUGCUGUUAAAUAUCCCUCCACAGAAGACUUUGCUUCGCCGUCACCUCGCCACCGCCUUCUCUGCUCUCGUAGGGCCUCAGGCCACACAGGAGAAGCGGGAGUAUGGCAAUGCCACAGGUCACAUUCCUCUCACCACCACCGCCAAAGUUAAGCCAAAGAAACUGGGCUUUACUCAGUUCAGCCACCUGAGAAAGAGGAAACCCGAUGAGUCUGAUUAUAUCUGUCCAAUAGACAGCGGAGCACUGAUAGUCAAUGGGGUUUCCCGUUUUAGUACUGUCUCACAUCGGGGCCUCAGCCCCAACUUGGACAAUCAAGCUGAGAGGCGGGAGCAGUUUGGAGAAAAAAACUGAGACUUUUCCAUUCAAAAGUCUCUUGUUUGCACUCAUGGUCACCACAGCAAAUCCUAGGUGGAUCUGCAUGGUAAAUUGGUACAAGUUUUACACCGCAUACCCUUCCUAACUCUGCAUUACAUGGAGAGAUGUGGAAGGGGUGGGGUUUGAACCAGGAACCUUCCACAGUGCAACCAACUGCAUUAACGACUUGGCCACCACUUUCCCUUCAAACAGCUAUUAAAAGAAUAACUCCUUACAAAUCCAUCUUCAAUAACUUCUUUUCCAUCCGUAUAGCUCACUAGUUGUGACGGAGCGGUGAUUACAUAAUCCAGAAUCUGAUUGGCAUGAUGAUUUGCUGGAUGGGUGACACAGAUGCUGUAAUUAUCCAGGGCAAAAUUGUUAACCUGACAUGCUCAAAAUCACAUAAAUCAACAUGGGAAAUGAACAAUGGUGUUGUAUGAUAGGUUUUUAACUGGUGACAACAGAACCGGUGACAAACCGGUCACCGGUUCUGUUCAUUACCUUUAUGGACAGAAUUUGUAAGCACAGCCAGGGUGUAGAGGGGGUCCAGUUUGGGAACCACAGA